CAUCACUCCAAUCCUCCGCCAUCACCACCACGGGCGCUGCUAGAUUCUCGACGCUGCAAAAAUUUCUCGUCCACGAAGAUGGAGUUCCUCUGUUCUCUAACUGGAAUGGCGACGCCUCCUCUUCUCCCUCCUCUCUCUCCCAACGCCCGCAGGACGCGCCUGCCGUUCCCGACGGCCGCCGCGCCCCCGGUUUCCGGUCUCCGGCGGCGGACAUUCAGGGGCGGGGCCGUCGCCGGCCCGAUUAGGGCCGUUGCUAGCUCCGGCGUGACGAGUAAGGAUCGAGGCGGUGGAGCGGCGGCCGACCUCCGGAGGUCGGAGCCCUCGGCGGAUUCCUCCGGAGGCGCGGAUGAGUUCGAGAGGGAGUUGCAAGGGUUAUUCGAUGAAGUCAAAGAUAUGAUUGCCCGAGGGAAGCAUGAAGAUGCCGUGAGCCUACUUCAAGCGAAUUUCGAAGCUGUAAAGGGAGAAAUCGAUGCAGGUUCUAGAAGCAUCGAAGAAGCUGCUGUUCUUGACGUUGUAGCCUUGGGGUACAUGCGCAUUGGGGACUUCAAAAUGGUCGAGACCAUACUGGAGCUGAUGAAUGAAGUCGUUGGCGAUAUAUAUGACGAUGGACGUCUUCUUGGAUCAGUACUUAUGCAUAUGGGAAGUAUGUAUUCAAGUUUGGGGAAGUUCGAGAAAUCAACAGUCAUGUACCGAAGGUCAAUUAGCAUUCUUGAACAGCUAUAUGGUGAAAGUAGUACUUUUCUUGUCACGCCAUUACUGGGAAUGGCAAAGGCUCUGGGCUCUAUUCAAAGAACAGCUAAAGCUACAGAGAUAUACUGUCGUGCAAUUAGCAUUCUAGAAUUAAGUAGAGGCCCUGAAAGCGAAGAUUUGGUGGUUCCUUUAUCUGGUCUUGGCAAUCUUCUGAUAACGGAAGGGAAGGUUGAUGAUGCGGAGAGUCCUUUUCUUAGAAUUGUAAGCAUAUAUAAAACCUUAUAUGGAGACAAAGAUGGAAGAGUUGGAAUGGCAUUAUCUUCUCUAGCCCAUGUGAAAUGUGCAAAAGGAGAUGUCAAUGAAGCUAUUAAUUUAUACAAAAGUGCCCUUCAGAUCAUCAAGGAUUCAAAUUCUAUGGCUUUGGAUGAUUCCAUGAUGGAGAAGAUGAGAAUAGACCUGGCCGAAUUACUUCAUGUUACUGGAAGGGGUAAUGAAGGUCGACAGCUGUUGGAGGAGUGCUUGUUAAUUUCUGAAAAAUAUAAGGGAAAGGAUCAUCCUGAUUAUGUUAGACACCUUCUAAAUCUUGCAACCUCUUAUUCUCGCUCAAAAAACUUUGUGGAGGCAGAGCGGUUGCUAAGAACUGGUUUAGAUGUAAUGACGAGGACCUUGAGGCCUGAUGAUCCCUCCAUCAGCUUUCCCACGCUUCAUCUUGCAGUGACUCUAUACCAUUUGAAAAGGGAUGAAGAAGCUGAGGACCUUGCCAAGGAUGCUUUGCUGAUUCGUGAGAAAGCAUUUGGAGAAGAUUCUCUACCAGUUGGGGAGGCUCUUGACUGUUUAAUUUCAAUUCAGACUCGCAUGGGAAAGGAUGAUGACCAGUUAGUGGCACUUCUCCAGAGAGUUCUAAAAAUCCAAGAGAAAGAGAUAGGUUAUGAGAGUGAAGAAGUCACAGUAACCCUGAAAAAAAUUGUGUUCUAUUUGGAAAAAUUAGGAAGAAGGGAUGAAAAGGUUAAGCUGCAGAAAAGAUUGUCUGUACUCAAGAUGAAAUACAAGCAAAUGAUACAUUAUUAGUUUCUUGGCACGUUGGCAUCCAACUCCUUCUGAGUGAUUCGGUAUGCACAAGUGGCCCAAAAGGUUGACCAUUUAUUGGUUAAAAAUCAAAUGAAUACCUCCGCAUGAUCCCGAUGUCGUGAUAUUAUCAGGAACUUGUGGUUUAGCUAGAUGCCCUAUUCUGUCUCAUCAGAUAGGAAUCAGGCCAAAGUUGUUGAAUUUAUACCUACUUACUCAAGCAACUUACCAGAAGAUUUAUUCAAUUACUGGUGCCUGUGACUGGGAUGGGCAUUCUAUGAAGACGGCAGUGUCGUUACACAGACAGAAGAGCCAAUUCAUCCAACUAUUGGUCAUUGAGAAGUAAAGUGAUGUCAGCAACAGGGGUUGCUUGGCAACAAGUAGCUCACCAUGGCAAUCCGAAAAAUAGGUCCCUACAUACGACAGUCACCACCUUCUUCAUAAUCAUUACUGAUGAUGCAAUGUCAGAUUCAGCAGACUUGCAACUCGAUAAUUUGUGGCAUGUGUGGAGUCCCUAUGGUUACGCCCAAGGGAGGUAGCUAUAGUGGUUGCUCCUCUCACCCUUUUCAUUUUAAAAAGAGAAUUACUAGUGAUUCGAGAACCUUGGACUGAUGCUAAUCAUAGUGGACAAUAGUUGAGAUCGAACUUCACCUGUUCUUUGUACAGAAAGCGCCUUGUACUUAUAACUUGACAUGAAGGGGCUGAAAUGGAUACUUGUGCCACUCAACUUAGGCAACCAGAAGGAAUCAUGUUUUGACGGCUACAGGGCAUGGAGGCUAAUUGUGAAUAUUCGUCAUCCUACGUAUAACUGCCACGUGGAGCCAGUAUCAACUGCAAUGGUAAGUGGUUAAUAGUGUCCACGCUAUUUUUCCAAAGAAUGGGACUGUGCUCUUUCCAAGCAGCUGCCCGUGGACUGUGCUACUGUAUGAAACUACCUAGACUCUGCAGAUGACACUGAAAAGAAAAGAGCGGGAGAGAUAGUUCCAUUGCUCAGAUGGAGGUCCUACCUUUCUUAUUGAUGUCAUUUAAAAUGUUUCGCCUCCAGUGAAGAAGCCGCUUUCUGCUCACUUGUGAUGCAAUUGGCGGGAGUUGGGAAGAAUUGACUUAUCA